GUAAGGAGAGUCUGCUGAUGACUGAACUAAAAACCCCAGCAGCUCUUUCCUGCUAAAUUCUGUUGGAGAUAAACUACAUUUAGAUGCAUCAAGGAAUCAAACUAAAUUAUAUCCCGGCAGAAAAGCUGAAUUCUGUGUUAAAAAUAACGAAUAUCGGUGCAUAAUUAGUCCGGUUGAUUAUACUAAGCCUUUACGGACUCUAUCCGGAGUGUGUACCGUGCACAGCACAUACCAACUGAAGGUAAGCGGAUCUGUUGUAAAGCCUGGGGCUCGAGUGGAAGAAGAACCCGAGGUACUGUGGAAGACAAGGCCGUCGCCACUGCUACCCGAGGCCGGGGAUUAUAAGCUGAUGUUCUCAAGGACAAGAGUCACGUGAUGUAUGAAGGCAAACACAUACACUUCUCUGAGGUGGACAACAAGCCGUUGUGCUCAUACAGCCCAAAGCUGUGCAAGCAGCGCAGACUCAACGGCUAUGCCUUCUGUAUCCGCCACGUCCUGGAGGACAAGACUGCCCCCUUCAAGCAAUGUGAAUAUGUGGCCAAGUACAACAGCCAGCGGUGCACCAACCCCAUCCCCAAGUCAGAAGACCGCAGAUACUGUAACAGCCACCUGCAGGUGCUGGGUUUCAUCCCCAAAAAGGAGCGCAAGAAGAAGCACGACGCGCUGGAGGAGAUGCGCUCGCGGCCCCACCUGGAGUCGGUGGCCCUCAACAUCACGGUGCCCUCGCUGGCGCUGAAAACGCCCAACGGGCUGGACGAGCGGCCGGCCUCGCCUCCCCAGCCGGGCCUGCUGUCGCUGUCGGAGGUGGAGCUGCUCGACCCCUUCGCCUUCCAGGAGGACGAGGCGGACGGGGAGGAGGGCGCCACCCGGAAGGGCUCGGCCGUCAGGAAGAAGCUGCAGAGCCGCCUGGUGCUGAACCAGGCCCUGCGGCUGCGCGAGGCCGACCUCCUCCUCAAAGCCCCGCCCGAGCACCUCAGCCCCCCGGCCGCCCCAUGCCAGCGGCCGCCCCCCUCCCCCACGCGGGCGCGGCCCCACCUCCCCCCCCAGCAGCAGCAGCUGCCCCAGCGCGCCCCCUACCUGCCCCCCGCCUGCCCCCCCACACUGCAGCAGGGUUCAAUAUGCAAGCCAGCACCACCUCAGACCGGCGUCCCUCCGCCCCCCCCCGGGCUGCCGCCCAGCCCGGCCCCGAUCGCCGGUCCCCCUCUCAGCAGGAAGGCCCCGCCCCCGGCCCCGCCCAACGCGGGGGGAGCCUGGGAGGGCCCGCAGGGCGCCGUGACGAUGCGGCCCGCAGCGUUCGCGCCUCCGCCGGCCUGCGUGGCGCGGCUGCAGCGGCUGGUGCAGCUCUGCUCUCAGCGACAGCAGCAACACGGAGACCUCUUCCCUCACCUAGGGCUGGACUGGUCUGAAGACAGUGCGGAGGAAGAGGAUGAAGGGGAAAGAGUCCCUCCCUAUCAGUACACCUGGAGGCUUCAGGAGAGAGGCUCACAGGACAACUCAGAUGAAGAGGCUGACAGUUCGCGCAGCACCAGGCUGGCUCGACUGUGCUCUUACCUGCAGCAGAAAUACAAGCACCUGUGCAGGCAGGAAAGGGCAGCAAUGCGUCAGAAGAGAUACCGCUAUGCCUUCCGCAAAGCCCUGCUGCACGCAGCCAGCAAGGACCCUGACUGCACCGGCCAGCUGAUCCAGGAACUGCACAGGGCUUCCCAGACCCCUUCCAGCGCACAGUCAGCAGUGCUGCGGGGCACAGAGUCCGGUGUCUGUACCGGACACACUAAAGGCCAGGCCUGCAGGAGUUCAGCACUGCCUUUCACCCGACACUGCUUCCAGCACAUCCUGCUGAACCGCUCCCAGCAGCUCUUCACCAGCUGCACCGCCAAGUUCGCCGACGGGCAGCAGUGCUCCAUCCCCGUGUUCGACAUCACGCACCAGACGCCCCUCUGCGACGAGCAUGCCAAAAAAAUGGAUAACUUCCUUCGUGGGGACAGCAACCGGAGGGUGCAGCACCAGCAGCAACAGCAGCAGCACCACCACCAGCAGCAGCAGCAGCAGCAGCAGCAGCAGCGUAAACCACGCAAGAAGACCAAACCGCCGGCGCUCACCAAGAAACACAAGAAGAAGCGCAGGAGAGGGCCGCGGCGGCCGCAGAAGCCCAUCCCCCCCGCCCUGCCGCAGGGCAACCUGGGCAUGCCCUCCAGCCUGGCGCUGCCCGCCCAGAGCGCCAGCAUCCGGACUCCUUCGACCCCGGACCUGAGCACGGACGAGCUUCCCGACGACAUCACCAAUGACAUCACAGACAUUCCCAACGACCUGGAGCUGAACCAGGAGGAUUUCUCGGACGUGCUGCCCAGACUUCCGGACGACCUGCAGGACUUUGAUCUGUUUGAAGGUAAGAAUGGAGAGCUGCUGCCCACCACAGAGGAGGCAGAGGAGCUGGUGAGGGCCCUGCAGGCCAUGAGCUCCUACACGGACUCGUUGGUGUGCCUGAGCUCCAUGGGUGAGCUGACUCAGUCGGACGGCGUGGAUCACCGCGCCAUGGCGGUGUUCUCGGGGCCAGGGGUCCAGGGCGGGGCCAUGGGGGACCUGCUCAAUGGCCGCAUCCCCUCCGAGAACUUCUCCAGCCUGGAGCUGGAUGAGAACCUGCUGCACCCCGCGGGGGACCACUUCGUCCCUGCCCCGUCGCCCCACCCCUCCGCCCCUCCGCCUCCCCCUCCACAGAGCCCCCUGGUGGAGCCGGCGUUCCCGCGGACGCACCCUUCCCACCUCCUGGCCAAGCAGGAGGUGCCCCACUCCUCGCCCCACGGCAGCCAUUACAGCAGCGAGCACGUGCCCUCGCCCUACAGCGACCACAUCUCCUCCUCCCCCCACGCCGGCUCCUUCCAGACCGACUCGCCCCUCCUGAUGGAGGUGCCCCUCAGCGGGGUGCCAGGAGCGCCUCGCUCCCCCUGGAACAACCUCCCCCUCCCCCUGACGGACCCGGCGCAGUUUGGCAACCUGGUGGGCCCCGAUGGCCACCUCCUCUCCACGUCCCUCUCCACGCCGCCCUCCACGGCCGCGCACUCUCUGACCCUCCGGCCCACGGCCGCGCACUCUCUGACCCUCCGGCCCACGGCUGCCCUCUCGGCGCUGCCACAGGGCGGGCUGACGGGCCUGACCCUGCCCCCCGCCACCUCCUCCCCGGCCUCCUCUUCGUCCGCCGCGCCAGCCUCCUCCUCCUCCGCACCGCACGACCUCCUGACCUCGGGACAGCCCAAGCAGCAGCUCCCCCAGUUCAGCGCCGCCUUCGGCCACCAGCUGGCCUCGCACAGCGGGAUCCCCAAGGACGUUCAGCCCAGCCACAGCUCCACGGCGCCCCCCUCUGGCUUCUCCAUCGCCAGCGCCACCGCCGCCAGUGCCAACAGCGCCAUGCCCCCCUUCACGCAGUGACCUCGGACAUCCCGGCGGGUUCGUUUGGCGGUUAAAUCCUGGGGAUCCUUCUUCUGCCAUCAGGUCUCUCUCAAGCCCAGGCACUUUGGUCAGUCCAGUUCUUGAUCCUGACAUCUUUCAAGGCACGGGCAAGCUCCUGUCUUGCAGCUCCAUUCUAUCCAUUCAUCUAGCUGUGUCUCACCUGCAGGGGCAUGUCGUUGGG